AUGGCGAUCCAGAAAAAGCAUGGAAAAGGCCGUUUGGAUAAAUGGUAUCGACUUGCCAAAGAAAAGGGUUACAGAGCUCGUGCUGCGUUCAAGUUGAUCCAAUUGAACCAGAAGUAUGGAUUCUUGGAGAAAAGCAGAGUUUGUAUCGAUCUUUGCGCUGCGCCUGGUUCAUGGUGUCAAGUCGCUGCGGAGUACAUGCCUGCGCAGAGUCUUAUCAUUGGUGUCGAUCUCUCCCCCAUCAAACCAAUUCCUCGAGCCAUUACUUUCCAAAGCGAUAUCACAACGGACAAGUGUCGCGCAACGAUCCGAUCCCACAUCAAGCACUGGAAAGCAGAUGUCGUGCUUCACGAUGGUGCUCCCAAUGUUGGUGCCGCCUGGGUUCAGGAUGCUUUCUCUCAGGCAGAACUAGUUUUGGAGUCCUUACGACUGGCUACUGAUUUCUUGGGCGAAGGUGGUACCUUUGUCACCAAAGUUUUCCGGUCCAAGGAUUACAACCCCCUCCUGUGGGUUUUCAAGCAGUUGUUCAACUCCGUCGAGGCAACCAAGCCCCCUUCGUCCCGAAAUGUCUCCGCCGAAAUUUUCGUCGUUUGCCGCGGCUUCAAGGCCCCCAAGCGCAUUGACCCGAAGUUCCUCGACCCGAAGCACGUAUUUGCUGAACUUAACGCUCCCACUCCCAACUACGAAGCGAAGGUUUUCAACCCGGAAAAGAAGAAGCGCAAGCGUGAAGGUUACGAAGAAGGAGACUACACCCAACACAAGGAGCUUCCAGUGACGGAUUUCAUCAACACUACGGAUCCUAUCUCUAUCUUGGGUGCCUACAACAAACUCAGCUUCCAACAACCACCAGGUGGAGAUCUUGCAUUGUCCACACUAGAGCGUUUGGAGGAAACAACAGAUGAGAUUCGAACUUGCUGUGAGGAUUUGAAGAUCCUAGGCGAGGCAGAAGAAGUGGCCGAGGUUGCUCCUAUGGACGAAGAACUGCAGAUCCAGGAAGACUUGAUCCGUAUGCGAGAGGCGCAAACCGCCAAGGGCAAGAAGGAAAGGCGCAAGGAGAAUGAAAAGAAGCGCAAGGAUAUCAUUCGAAUGCAGAUGAACAUGACCACCCCCAUGGAAAUUGGUAUGGAGCAGCUUGGUAUGGGAGGCGACGACUCCACGUUCACUUUGAGACGCGUCGACCGGGAGAAUGCCAGAGAUGCGGUUGUCAAUGCUCGUGAUCUUCCCGCCGAGAGCGAAAGUGAAAACGAAUCUGAGUCCGAAACCGAGGAGAGCGACGAUGAGGAGGACCGCCUCGAAAGGGAGCUCGACCACAUGUACGAACAGUACACCGGCCGCAAGGAAGACAAAGAUUCGAAGCUGCGUGCUAAAAAGACACGCAAGCAAUACGAGGUUGACGAGUGGGAGGGCUUUUCUGACAGAGAAAAGGGCAGCGAUGAUGAGGAAGAAGAAGAGGAGGAUUCCGAUGAAGAAACCACCACUACAGAUCAAGCACUUGAGGCUAAGAAACUCUCAAACAAUGCCUCUAUGUUCUUCGAUCAAGAUAUCUUCCAGGGGCUAGAAGAGGGCGAGGAGGAGGAGGAGGAGGAGGAAGAGGCCGAGGAAGACAAGGCCGAGGAGGAAGAGGAAGAAAGCGACAACAUCUUUGCGAUGGAUGAAGAUGAGGAGGAAGAGGAGAAGGCCCCUGCCCCCAAGCAAAAGAACAACAAGGACGCAAAGAACGGAAAGAAGACCUCUGAGUGGGUCGAUGAGUCCGAUGAGAGCGAGGCAGAAGAGGCCGAAGGAAAAGACCCACUAAAAGCGAAUGGCCAGCUGGAUAUCGACAUCAUUACCGCAGAAGCCAUGGCCCUUGCACAGUCAAUGGCUACUGGAGAAAAGAAGUCGUCUGACAUUGUUGACGAUGGCUUCAACCGAUUUGCCUUCCGCGACGUGGACGGCCUUCCCGAGUGGUUCCUCGAUGAUGAAGGCAAGCACAGCAAGCCAGUCCGACCCACCACUAAGGCUGCUGCGGCUGCUAUCAGAGAAAAGAUGCGUGCCAUCAAUGCACGCCCGAUCAAGAAGGUGAUGGAGGCCCAGGGUCGCAAGAAGUACAAGGCAGCCCAAAGACUGGAGAAACUGCGCAAGAAGUCCGCACUUCUGGCAGAGGACGAUGCUCUCAGCGAGCGGGACAAGGCUGGCGCCAUUGCAAGACUGAUGAGCCGAGCAACCAAGAAGAAGCCCAAGCAAGAAGUCAAGCUCGUGGUUGCCAAGGGUCCCAAUCGUGGUAUCUCUGGUCGUCCUAAGGGUGUCAAGGGCAAGUACAAGAUUGUCGAUGCUCGUAUGAAGAAGGAUGUUCGUGCGGAGAAGAGACUGGCAAAGAAGAAGUCUAAGAAAUAG